UGGAGAAGUCCUCCUCGGCUCUGUCCAAACAUUGAGCGUUUAGCAGUCUGUCUGUUGGAGCGCCGCUCGGUGCUAAACUGCUUCAUGUUGUUUUUUUAGCCUCCCGUCCCUUUAAACUAGACUAUUUUAUCGAAGAAUGAGUGAUAACGAUGACAUCGAAGUCGAUAGUGACGAAGACUCGCCGAGAUAUCACUGUGUGGCAGACAAACGGGCACACCACAAUGCACUGGAGCGCAAACGUAGGGACCACAUCAAAGACAGCUUUCACAGCCUCCGGGACUCGGUACCUGCCCUGCAGGGAGAAAAGGUUGGUACAGCUCAGCCUGCAGCUCCUCCAGGCACACGAUGUUCAGGCUCUCAUCAGUCUACCAAACAGGCGUCUCGAGCUCAAAUCCUAGACAAAGCCACAGAGUACAUCCAAUACAUGAGGCGAAAAAACCACACGCACCAGCAGGACAUCGACGACCUGAAGAGGCAGAACGCACUGCUGGAGCAGCAAGUCCGUGCUCUGGAGAAGGUGAAGGGCUCCGCGCAGCUCCAGGCCAGCUACUCCUCGUCUGACAGCAGCCUGUACACCAACCCCAAAGGCAGCGCCGUGUCGGCGUUCGACGGGGGCUCUGACUCCAGCUCCGAGUCCGAGGCCGAGUCGGAGCCUCCCAACAGGAAGAAGCUGCGCGUGGAGGCCAGCUAGAGAGUGGAGUCGGUUAAAACCUAGCCAAGGUUGAGGCGGCGGGGGCACAAAGGAGGGCAAGAGGAAGCGCAGCCAUCGAGGCUCAUCGACCCCUCCCCUCCCCCCUCUCUCAUGCCAACAACCACCACCCCCCGGCCUCCCUCACCGUCCUCCUCGCUCUCUCUCCUCCAUCUGUGGGUGGGCUCGCACUGGAGACUCAUGACCCCUCUAACCUCCUCACACCGCCGCAACAAUUGUCUCUCUCUCCACCCGAUCUCCACGAACAGGAGGGAGGAAGUCAGCAGGGUGGAAGAUGACUGCUUCAGUCCAUGUAGAGAGCUUCAGGUUUUUCUCCCCUCCUCUCCCCAUCCCUCUCCUUCUCUCUUUUCUUUCCAUCAUUGGUAUUUCCCCCCCUCCGGCAACAUCUACAAUCCAAAACCCAAAAAGAGGCAGCUUGGCUACUUAAGGACUUGAUGCUUUUUUUGUACCCUCAAUAAAGCCCCUCCUCCUCCCCGGGUUGUUUUUUGGGGGGGAAGGGUGCGCCUGGCGUACUCCAAGCACUGCUAUAUUAUAUAUUUUUGUUUUUGUUUAUUUUGUUAUUCUUGAUAAAAACCUGUUUAGAAUUUACACACACACACACCUAGAUAAAUUGUCCCAGAGAAGUUUACCUUUUUAAAAUAAAAAAAAAAAAAAAUCAAACAUUUGUAGCUUACUUUUUUCCACUAAAGAAUGUGAAGAUGCUUUGAAGCAAAUCUUAAAGUGAUGAUACCCACCUCAGGCCCACUGGAUUGCAGAUGUUUUCUGUCUGACACGUUUGUUAACACAAGAUUUAAAGAACAGAAAAAAAGAGAAAACAUGACUCCUUUGUUGAAAUUGAUGUUUUGAAGGAGAAUAUUCCUAAACCUGUAUCGUAAUUUGUCCUUUAGCUUGAAGUAGUGAAUGACUUUAGGUGGCUGAAUACGUUAGGCAUCUCGUUUUAUAUAUCAUUAAAAAAAAGAGCAUUGAUUGGAUGUUUUGAAGUUCUAAAGUAUGUUAUGCAUUUUGUAGUAAUCUCACGAGUCAUGGGAAAAUGCCAAUUUGUCACAUGUAGUUUUCCUUAAGGGUAUGAAAUAGGUAUUGAAUGUCAAAAAGGUAGCUCCCGUCUUUUGCAGUACAAGGAAGCAAAUUAACCCCUGUCGAUGUGUCGUGCUUUACACAGUAAAAAUCAAUGUUGCUGAAUCCCCCCCCCCCAAGGAAAAAAAGGAAGCAUUUUUGCGUGUCUAGGAAACGUGUGUGUAUGUAUAUUGUUUCCAUUUUAUUUCCAUUUAGGAGGAUAUAAUUAGUGUAAUAGGUCUUUGUUUGUCCGAUUCCAUUCCAUGGAAAUUACAAGUAUGUUGUACAUACUGCCAACAAUUGUCUUGCAAGUUGAGGCCUACCUUUACUAUGAGACUAUAAAAUAAACUAUUUUAUCCUUUAA